AUGUCUUGGAUAAUUCGCUUACAGCGUCUUCCGUUAUCAGCGAAUGCAUCCGAUAUUCGGAGUUUCUUCGCUGGUCUAAGAAUUCCCGACGGUGCUGUGCAUAUUGUGGGAGGUCCCGAGGGUGAUGCGUUUAUUGGGUUUGCAACUGAUGAAGAUGCACGACAAGCGAUGCGGUACAAUGAUCGACGAAUUCAUGAUCAACGAGUUCAUUUAUUACUAUCGUCGAGAGUCGAAAUGGAAUGUGUGAUUGCAAAAGCGCGUAGCGGUGAUCUGGGUGCUGCAUCUAGCUUUGAUCAGCUCGCAUCACAACGAGUUGCUACUGCAGGAGUACACGAUGAUUCACAAAUGAAUAUGGCCGCUGCAGCUGCUGCAGCAGCUCAAGCAGUAGGCACACGUUCAUCAGAUUCGUUCACUAACAACACCACAGAUAGAAAUGCACAGCAUGCAGCAUUAAUUUCUUCGUCAAGAAGUCAUAACACUAACAAUAGUAAUAACAAUAAUAUUCAAGCAACAUCGCAACAAUCACUCACUGAUAUACAACAACGUCAGCAAUCAGAUUUCACUCAACAACAAUUCAAUCGAGGUGAGAAUGCAGCUUUAUGGGGUCGUACAGCCGAGAUGGUGAAUUCAAUGGCAUCCUCACAGAUACAGUCAGAUUCAUGGAAGAAUUCAGCAUCAGGCAACAGUUUUGAUUCACGUUCAUGUUCAACCGCCGUACCUAGUUCACGACAUUCAAAAGGAGGAACGUCACAGCAACAACCAGCAUCAAUAACACCGUGGCAAGAUGCGAAAAUGUUGAAUAUACUUUCACAAAAUAACACAAAUUCUCUAGCAACACCAUCAAAUGCUGUUUAUCAUCAGCAAUCAGCUCGAGAUGAACACUAUGAUACUGAUACCAGUAACAGUAAUUUUCAAGGCUAUAAAGCAUCACUUCAACCGACUACUGUCACGUCAACAUCGAAUGUAUUUGCUCAGCGUUCACAGAUAUACCAACAAAGUGGUUUGGUGGCACCGCCACUGAUUCCGGGUCAGCAAUUGCAGAUGCCUCCGUCAAUUCCAGGUCUUGUGAUGCCACCCAUGGUUCCACCGGUUAUGCCGCCAGUUGCUUCCGCUCUGGCAUCAACACUAGUGAGCGCAUCGAAUGCAAGUGGUGCAGCAGCAUCACUGGCCACUGCAAAUCCGUUUGCUGGAGUGUUUUCGCAUCAGAACGCCCCUAUAUUUCCACCAGUACCCAUUCAACGAGCAGUAAAACAAGAGAUCAAUGAGGGUUGCUGCUAUGUGGAACUAAGCCGAUUACCGUCCGAACUUGUGAGUCCAGCCGCACUUGAACAGUUCUUAAAACCGUCGAUUCCAUUAACACUCUCUUCUGUCAAAGUGGUUUUCGAUCCAAAAGGCCAACCAUUACAUGCAUUGGUACGUUUCGAGAGUGCUCAAGAUGCUGAGAAUAUCUUGAAUAGAGAUGGUGAGCGCGGUAUAAGAAUUCGUCCAUGCAGUCGAGAAACAUUCGAUAAGACAGUAGAUGGAUCAGUGAUGGCUCCAACUGACAUCAGUAAUCAUUCGUCCCACGAAAGAGGGCGAAGUCGUAAUCGCGAUCCAUCAUCAUCUCGACCCAACUCAUCCAGCAGACGUCGACACUCACCUGAUCCUCGGCGCGAUCUAGAUUCUCGUCGUGAUAUAGACCACGAUCACAGAAGUAGUCAAAAUAGUCGUUCUCGUACUCCUCCUGCUGCGCACCGAACCAUCAGGCGUCGUUCGUCUCGUUCUCCGAUCGCUCAUCGCGAUAUUAAACGUCGUAAAGAUGAACAACCAGAUCGUUACUGUAUUGAGUUCUCCAAUCUUCCGUUCCGGGUCACUGAACCAGAAAUUCGAAAUUUCCUUGGUCCUCGCUGUGAGCCAGUGAAGGUAUCUAGAGCAUUCAAGGAGGAUGCUCAAGCAUCGGAUCGUUGGAUUUUAGAAUUUUCAUCGAUUGAGUUUGCCGAACGAGCAUAUCGCACGCGCGGUUCAAUCCAAGAUCGUACUGUUCGUUCACGGAGAUUGACAAAUGAUGAAGCAGAUGCACUUUUAUCAAUUCCGGAUAAAUUUGGAUAUAAAAAGAAAGAAGAAUUUGAACGUAAACAUGGAGCAUCAUCGUCAUUUGAACGAACCACUGAUGUGCUACCUUCAUCAGGGGAAAGCAAUAGUAAUAUUAUGCCGCCUACAUCAAUGAAUGGAUCAGCCUCGAACGAUAAUAAAUUCGGUGCAUUCCCAUCGAGACAAGAUCGUGCUCAUCACAGCGCUAGUGGCCCUCCUUCGGCACCGCAUCGUGACAACUACUCAGGUAGGGGACGAGGUGGUCGUGCCGGACCUCCGAGACCAUUCGGUCCUGGCAUGGAUUAUGAUAGUAUGCCCCCUAAUCGUGGCAUGCCACUCAUAGGCAAUGGACCUGCUGGUGGUUUUACAAUGAAUGGACCAUCAAACAUGGGUGGUUUACCUUCACAACGAUUUUGUGGUGGUCCUCGUGCUCCUUUGAUCCGUCCACCGUCGUUCUUCGGUGCAACGCCAGCGUCGACGAUUCGACAGCGUGGACCACCACCAUCUCAGCAACAGUCAAAUAGUGCUCGAGUGAAACAACAAGCUGUAGAUACCUCUUCAUCACACCACCAUUCAAAUGGAUCGUCGAGGUCAUCGCUCGGCAUAUCGCCAUCUAAAAACGAUACUAAGAACAAUACUGCCACUACUUCCUUACCGUCCUCAUCGUCCACAACGUCUGCUGCUAGUGCUAAUUCAAAACAAACCUCUUGUCUUCUACUACAAAAUAUUUCAUCCACUUUAAAAGAGUCUGAUAUCGUUCAACUUCUCGCUGUUAACGCUUCGCGCAUCAAUUCAACAAGUAUUCGGCGUUUGUCGGAUGGAAAAGUUUAUGUGGAUUUGGGUGACGCUGAUGACGCAAAAAAUGCCUUUGAUAAAUUCAGUCGGCUGACAGAUAAAGAGAAAAACAAUGUGCAAAUUUCAUUGAUCACACAUCAGAAGAUGGUCGAAGACAUACAGCAUAGUAUUGAUCAGAAGGAAUUGGAUCCUGAGUUGGUGGCAUCAUUGGGUGAGCCUGGCACUGUGAUCAGUUGCCAUGGAUUUCCACCGGAUGUGACUAUCAUGGAUGUGGCACAGUUCUUUGACAAGUUCUCGUUGGUGGAGAGCUCUGUGCGAAUAAAGCUCGAUGAUGAUGGCAUUUCAACCGGUGAAUGCCUGCUAGCCGUUGGUACUCCUCAGGAAGCCGCCAAAGCAGUACUUCUAUUGAGCGGGCGCCGCUUGAAUGGUUCCACAGUAACGAUGAGCGUAGUGGAAGCAACGAGCAAACAAUCAUGA